CCUUCCCUCAGUCCCAUUUAAAGCUCAGUGUGGGACUUUAAUGAAAACGUGUGUGCCUAUAUCUCAUUCCAGCAACACGAUGAACACCAUUCUGCCGUGCCAAGAACAGUACUUUGCAGGGGGGCAGAGCUAUGAUUGCCCAUACUUGCCCUCAACCACAGCGCCCACUGUUGAUGUUACCAAGGAUACAUGGGUCUCUCUCUGGGCUUAUGGUCUCCCAGACGACACAUCCAACAACCAGGACCCACAAUCCCAGGGGCAGCUGUACGAUGAGGGCUGUACACUUCAAGAUGAUUUUGUAUGGAAUGAGCAGCUAUCGUCUCAGCUGAUUACAAACAAACAGCUUCAGGAUACAUUGGUGCAGAGGGAAGAGGAGCUGGCCCGGCUACACGAGGAGAACAAUAAGUUGAAGCAAUACCUGAACGGUAGCUUUGUGAAACGCUUGGAGGAAAAGACCAAGAAGCUGUUGUCCCAGCAUGGCAUCAGUGCUCCCCUAAAGAGAAAAGCCAGGGUAAGCAGCCUUGCCUCGCCUGAAACCUCAGCCAAAAAGGCCAAAAGGAAUCUUUAUAACGAUUUCACUGCCUGUGAAGGACAAUCUGGUUCUACUGUAGCAUCCUGGGUCCUGCAGACCCUGGGACUCAAAGAUGUCAACACCAUUGAUGAUUCUGCAUCAGCUAACUACAGUGCCAUCUCUAAAGAACUCUCCACCAGCAUAGGGGGAGCAGAGUAUGGGGAUAUCCAAGACUCCCCCUCUUCUGGAUACAGUACAACCCAUACGACUUCUGUUCACAGCCAGGCUGGGAGCAACCUAGACUCUCCCUAUGUGUCAAACUAUUCCCCUUCAUCCUGCAGUUCUACACCCCGGCCAAUAAGUGAGACAGUCAGUCCAUUUGGCUCUCCUAUUUGCUAUACUCCAGAGGUGUCUCCAAACAAAACAGAAGUUGCCUUCUCCACAUCCCUGAACCCUCAUUGCAAUGUGAAGACUCACAGCUUCUCCAAUGGACAAGCAUUUGUUCGCAGAGAUGGAGAAGGGGGCUGGAAAUUCACCUGGGUCCCCAAACAAUCUGAAUAAUGAACUAUACGAAUAUGGGGUCAUCUCAUGGGAGUUUACAGAACCAUUUGCACUUGGUCAUGAGGACCUAUGAAGACCCCUUCAGUCCUGAUACUGCCUAUGUAUUCCAGUGUGAUCUCUUUAAACCCACUGAUUGGGUCUUGCCAGUCUGCCAGUAUACACCAAGGGGGCCUUCAUUUGUUUGCAUGUGAAUGUAUAUAUGUAUCAUAUUUUUUCCAUGAAAAAAAUUGCUUAUUCUAACAGUAUUUAUUUCUGUUGGGUUCUAAGUGCAAUUAAUGGCAGUGCAACUUUUGAUUGUAGUCCUUUUUGUUUGCACCUCUUUAAUCUGCUGCCUAAACAAUGAUCACUGCCUUAAUAUAUAUACAGUGACCACAGAGUGACUUACUGCCUGUAAGAGACUUUCUUCUACACUGACUUGAAUAAAAGACUUUUACUUCCUCCUGCAAAGCCACUGUUACUACAUAUCUGCCAAACAAAGUAGCAGGCGUGCGCGGACAGGUGUACAUGUACUACAGUCCUUUGUUGUCCCAGUUGGUGCAGUUCCCCAAUAACCCCAACCUGCCAUUCCUGACUGCCUUUUACUAAGCCUAUUUAUUGACUGCCUAUUGCAUUAAUGAGGACAAUCACAAUGUGGAGUCUGUGUUAUUUUGUAUAGAAAUUAACUGUUAAACAAUUUUUGAACGUU